AUGAUGUUUGCGCAAAAUUUCCUGGAUCCCACAAUGUAUUUUCUAAAAUCAGAUGGUUUUCAAAUUGCUCAUCAUAGCGGUCAAGUUGAAUGGAAUGCAUUGAAACACAAUGAAGAACGCGUUCGUGAAAAAAUUGAAGAAUAUUUAGAAAUUUAUAAUCAAUCAGGUGCAGCAGGAUUACCACUAGAAAUGAGCCAGUCAGCAAAAAGGAAAUUAGCGGCAAAAAAGAAAUUGGAAAGAAAAAGGCGACAUUCCGAUUCAGAUGUCGAUGAUAAUGAAAAAGAACAAAUGCCUCUUAUCGAGAAAGAAAUGGCUGAGAGCGAUGAAGGACAAGUGCAAACCAAAGGACAAAUGCAGACCAAAAGUAAAAAUCAACCUGCCGCUGUCACUCCACCAGCUCCACAAUUGAAAGGCACAAUAACCAUUUUACCAGACGGAAGAAGAGAACGUUCAAACCGUGUUCGUGCGCCUGCUCAAGAACUCGUUAACUGUGAAUUAAAAACAAUCAAUGAACAAAUUGUCAGUCUUGUACAAAUAAAAAAUAUGGGUCUAUCUACAGCUGACACCAAAAAACAGUUGAAAAAACUGUUCGAUGAACGAAAGAAAAAAUCAAUGGAAUUAAAACGUCUCAGAGCUCAACAGAUUACAAAGGCAAAUUUUCGAAAAAAACGUAAAAUGAUUGUUGAACAGUUAUGCGAAAAAAAUCCUGAAGUAGCAAAAGAAUUAAAUAAAGUUUAUCGAACAAAUACAAGUCGACCUAGUGCAGAAGAACAAUGUCCGGAUUUACUAAAAAUUAUUGAAGAAAUUGCACGAUGUGGUGGAGCAACGGAUAAUAAUCGACAAUCAGAACAAUAUCGACCAUGCGCAACAUUAGAUGAUUUACGAGAAACAAUUAAACAACGAGGCUAUGAUAUUAGACAAACAACGUCGUAUUACAGGUUAUUACCUCGUCGUGCAGCCUCGAUCGAUGGUCGAAGACAUGUUCGUACCGUACCUGUUCGUCUGCGUCAUGCUGUCCAAAUAAAUGAUCCAGUUAUUCCUCAUGAAGAUAGUCACUUUGCUACGGCAACUAUUCGAUAUAUCAAAGAUUUGGCUAGUAUAUUUGGCAAUGAAGUUGUGUUUUAUAUAUCACAAAAUGAAAAAUGUAAAGUACCUAUUGGCUUACCAGCUGCUAAAAUUCAAGCGCCAAUGUUAAUGCAUUUGGAUUAUGAUGUUAAACAGCCUAAUUUUAAUUCAAGAAUUGCUCCGCGAUAUCAAUUAAUACCAAGUGUGUAUGCAGCCUGCAUCAUUAAUCCGGAUGGUGAACUUGGUUAUGCGGGUCCAACUUACAUAGCCGUGAGAUCAGCUAAGCAUGAUCGACCUGAUGCACAAACACAUUUAAAAGAUUUUGAUACAUUAGUGAAAUUAAAAGAAUUUGAAAAAGCAUGCAGAGACAUACAUGGUAAUGUGAAGCCGAUUGUAAUAAUUACAGUUGACGGUGGUCCAGAUGACAAUCCUCGUUUUCCAAAAACAUUAAUGGCAGCCAUUGCAAAAUUUCGUAGAUACAACUUGGAUGCAUUAUUCGUUCUCACUCAAGCACCAGGUCAAGUGACUUUCAAUGUUGUUGAACGCCGAAUGUCACCGUUAGCACAAGAUUUAGGUGGUCUCAUUUUACCUCACGAUUAUUUUGGCACACAUUUGGAUGAUCGUGGAGUAACGAUUAAUGAAGAAUUAGAAAAACUAAGUUUUCAACGAGCAGGAGAAGUUUUAGCCGAAGUAUGGCGUGGAUCUGUGCUUGAUGAAUAUCCGGUUAUGGCAGAAUAUAUUGCAUCAACAGGAAAAACAGACGAUGAACGACGAGAAUUUGGUGUUACUCUUGCCAUGGAAAGUCUAAUGGAACGGGCUGAAGAAGGAGAAGACGUUGAAACUCGUGCGAACACAUCGGAGGAAGAUUAUUUGGAAAAAUGUCACGUGAAAACCGCUCAAAUAAAAGAAGAAUUAACAAAUGAAUCUGCUAAAUAUGAACUCGAUGAAUAUUGGUGUGGUACUCAUGUACUUCAAACUCAAUAUACAAUUCAAAUAGUUCGCUGUAAUGAUCCAUUAUGUUGUGGAAAAUGGAGAUCAAAUUAUGUUCAAAUAUUUCCACAUCGAUUUUUACCACCACCGGUGCCAUUUGAGCGAACACCUUUGGGCAUUGUAAUGGCUAACGAAACAACAAAAACUCAAUUUUAUGGUUCUUUGUUUCAUCGUAUUCAAUUUCAUGGUGUUGUUAUCCAAAAUACCCUCAAUGAUCAAUUACCAUUCGAUUAUUGUUGUACAUCGGUCAAAAAAGAUUUGAAAAAACGAGUAUGUAAAAUCUGUAAGCAAUAUAUUCCAAGUAUAUAUCGAAUGAAACAGCAUUAUAAAAUACAUGAAGAAUAUCAACAAUACCUAGAGGAAGAAGAACAAGUUGAUGAGGAUGAUUUAUUUGAAUUAUUAGCUCAAAGUGAAAUAAUAUCAAAACAAGGUUCUCAAACAGAACAAGGCGCCGUUGUCUUUUCAGAUAUGUUAGAUUGGUUAAAAUCUGAUUUUGAAGAGUUAGAUUUACAAGAACAAGCUAAAGAACGAUCGAAAAAGUCAUCAGCAUCAUGGGAAAAAGGUUCUGUUAUUGCAAAACCGACCGAUACAUGGAGCGACCAAAUAUUAUCAAAUCUAACAUUAAAAGAAGACAAUGGUCAAGAAGAGAACAAAAAACGACAGCCAACAUCUCAACAAGAUGAGCAAGAAGAACAGGAGGGGGAGGAAGAAUUAGAUGACUGGGAGCAAGUGGAUGCAUUAUUAACAGAAAAUAAAAUUUAG